UCUCGAGCUGGUUCCGACUGCGUGAGGGGUGCCGUGCGGCUGCACUCGGGUGUGUGGUGGGAUUGGGCGAUUGUGAGCUCUUUGUGCGAGAACUGGUUCGUGCUGAGGAACGGGAGAGCGCUGUCUUGGAAAAAGGCGAGACGGGACGAACACAUGUUUUGGGUGCGCCGUUGUAGCUAAGAGCCGCCGGCAGAGGUCUUGAAACUCUCCAAGGCGUUUCAGUGAAAGAUUGACCACACUGUGGCUGUGACUGGUGCUGUGUCCUCCACCUCGAACUUAAGCAGCUCAGUUGAAGGACGAUUCCAACACCUACUCGAUCGAAUUACGAUUCUUACAGCUGGGACACUUACUUUAUUGAAGAGUGGUCUAACAUCGGGACACCUAUAUUCAUUGAAGGUCCACUGGAGAGGAACCUGGGUGCCGGCUGUGUCAUCUAAAGACGCGUCGCCAUGGGAGCGAUUGGGAAGGAUGGUGGGGGAGGAGGAACGCUUUGGCAAAAAGCUCGGAGCUCGCUGACGCAAACCUCGCUCAGCGUCCGCGAAGAAAUCAUGCGGAUCCGGGGCUGGAAGCUCGCAUACGGUGUCGGUCACUUCCUCAACGAUGUGUGCGCCACCGUGUGGUUUUCCUACACACUGCUCUUCUUCCAGCGUGUGCUCUGCUUCCCCAGUAGCCUGGCCGGCAUCGUGGUGCUCACGGGUCAGGUGGCCGAUGGAGUCUCGACGGUCUUUGUCGGUCUGAUGGCCGACAAGGACCUCCAGUGGGCGAUCUGCCGAUACGGAAAGAGGAAACUCUGGCAUCUGCUCGGCACCGUCUGUGUCAUCGUCACGUUCCCCUUCAUCUUCAACAAGUGCGUCGGCUGUGACGAUGCGCCCAAGGACGUACAGCUCUACUACUUUGUGGCGUUCGUCAUCAUCUUCCAGUUCGGCUGGGCGGCGGUGCAGAUUUCUCAUCUGUCGCUCAUCCCAUCGCUGACAAAAAAUCAGCGCGAGAGGACCGAACUGAACGCACUCAGGUACGGUUUCACGGUAACCGCCAACAUCCUGGUCUACACGGUGGCCUGGGUGGUGCUGGGUACGGCCGCCACGGCCGAUGCCGACGGUGGUGACCCGGCCGCUGACGCGGCCAAUGGCACCGCCGUCGGGAACUCGACAUCUGGGGACGGCGGGGUCGGCCCGUCCGACGCGCCCCAGUUCAGGCUGAUCGUGCUGUCCACGAUGGCGGUUGGCAUCGUCACCACCGUGGUCUUCCACAUCUUCACCAAGGAGCCAGCGUCAACACCCCCUCCCCCGCCGGCUGUCCAGCGGUCCAGUACGUGUCCAGUCCCGGCGGGCGCGGCGCCCGGGGCCCGGCCCGAACCGGCGACUGUGGGAGAGUGGCUGAAGCGGACCGAGUUUUGGAUGCUCAGUGUAAUUUACAUGAGUGUGCGGCUCUACGUGAAUCUGUCAAUGACGUACAUUACUUUGUACCUCCACGACUACUUGCACGCGCCCAAGACGUCGGUAGCCGUGUUCCCGCUCAUCAUGUACAUUGGCGGCUUCUUCGGCUCACUGGGUAUCAAACUGCUCAACCACCAGCUUGGACGAAGGAUCUCACUAGGCAUCGGCGCGCUCCUGGGUAUAGUCUCAUGUCUGGGAAUCUUCUUCGGCGAGGGUGAAGUCUACUCCAGCUACCUCGUGUACGGCGUAGCCGUUCUCCUCGGCAUGGGCGGCAGCAUCAUGCUGGUGACGACCCUGGCGGCUACCUCAGACAUCAUCGGCACCAGCGUGAAGGGCGCCUUCGUCUACGGCGCGCUGAGCUUCUGCGAUAAGCUGUCUAACGGUGCUGUCGUGGAGAUCAUCCAGAACAUCAUGUCCUGUACAGCUGAGAACGAGAAGGAAUGCGGCGAGCUCUACAAGUACGUCCUGGUGGUGAUGUGCGGCGGCACAUCAGUGGUCGUGCUACUCAUCAUUCUGUUCUACCGCUCCACCAAACUGUGGCACCCGCGCGAAGAGGAUCCGCUGUUUAGCCACAGCGAGCCACCGUCCUCCGCCGAGCCCGACGAGCGAUCUCCUCUUCUGGGAGGAGGUGGUGGAGACGACACGGCCACGAGCUCGUCAUACAGCAGUACAGAGCCGUCCAGCGCGAGCUCCGAGUCGGGUCCUUCGACCGUGGACUGCUGACCAAGAGGGUGACAUCGGUGAUCGAACUGCGGGCGGGGUCGAGCGGGGCGCGACUGGACUCUGACUGAGGUCGCCAGAGGGUGUGUUUGUGUGUUUGUCAUAGGGUAUGGAUGUGUAUUGAUUUAGAGUCCCUGUGAGGUGUGGCUUUACACUAGCCGGAAACUGUUUGUUUUGUCCGUGUCUGUCUGUCCCCUGCCCUUUGUCUGUAUCUUUUAUUUUCUCUCUUUUGAUCUCGGAACUCUCUUCUCUCUUCCUGUCUGACAUCCUCUAUUUGCUCAUGCUCUCUUUCUAUCUUGGAUUAUUUUCACUUUCUCAAUAGCUCCUUCUCAUGCUUCGCCCAACCUUUCUUUCCUUUGUCAACCCUUUUUCCGACGUGUCUUCCAUAAUAGUCUGUGAUACAUUGCGGGACCUGCCCACAGAUUGCGAAAAACUACAUUCCCAAGAUACGUGCGUAAUUAUCAGAAAAAGAUAGGUGCCUACUUAGGUGAGCAUUAGUCGACAGGCUGUUUAGUGAUGCAUUUGCCCUCUUGUUGUCUGGAUUAUACGUCAUUGUGUGAAUGUAUGGUGCUAGUCUGCCCAUUACUUUGAUGGCAAGAUUGUCCGUUGGAAGGUUUUUGUGGUACUGAGAUGGUAGUGUACAAUGCACAUGGCUGAUAGUGACUUGGCACUGUGCAAUGUUAAAAUGAUUACCAUUCUGAUUUUUACAACUACUUUCAUAUUCCCCAUUAACUUUAAAGUGAAUUAUGAUGGUCUUUGAAAACUUUUCUGCAGCCACAUUUAAGUUAGUUUUACAGAUGUUCGCAACAUUUUCAGUUGGCUGGUAGACGGAGCUUAGGUGGCGUUGUUUGCAUCCACGAAAAUAAAACAUGGGUGUGUCCAUUUAACCUUUUAUUGCCUUACAAACUUAGUUUGAUUCCUAUAUUGUCUUGAUUCGGGUUAUGUCCCAAAUAUUAAUUUGUCACGAUUGUUUAUAUUGGAAGUUUUAACGAGAGCAGUCCAUGCAGAGCGGUUGGAAUGGGCCUGGAAGUCGCAUAGAUUUUGUACUUUAUUAUAGAAGUUGCUAGAUGUCAUUGGAUGCAGUACUUGUGCAUGGUUCGAAAUGCGAAUACUGUCUCUGGUGUUUGUCUAUGGUCCGUGUUUUCUGCGUUUUAUCUAUAAGACCGUAAACGUGUGUUGAUAUAUCUGCGCUGGUCACUGGGCAGGCAUCUUGCAGGAUCCCUUUAUCCGUUUGGCUGACAUGGAUGAUAUCUUUGUAUGUAUCGGCGAAUGAAAUGAUGUAAAAUUGUAAAGCUUGUACGACUUUGUAAUGUCAUUUUAGUGCGUUGGUAGCCUGGUAUAUUUUGCAUAUUUGUAUUCGUUUUCAUCGUCCUAUUUAACUAUAAUGUAGUAGCGAAUGAGCUGUGAAGUGUGAACUGAUUUGUGACAUAUAUGUAUCACUGAUUGUUCAUAGCAACUAUCAAGAGCGAAUGAACUUGAAUAAUUAUUUAACUUCGGGGCAUGAAACCAUCUUUGUUUCCCUCUGAACGCUAGGACGGGAGGGCGAUAGGUUGCCCGCUAUCAGCAUUUGCUUGUGACUUGCGAACUUCUUGCUGUCGCAUUUGAUUAAAAAAUUGUUCUAUCAGAACGCUAGUUCACGUUUUCUUUCCGAUAUUCAUUUAGGUAUCUGGUUGACGUGGUUGGCACUUAAGGUCGGAGUUCUGAAGGAGAAACAUGCUUGUCAUGCCUUCUAGUGUUUUAUGCUCAUGUUUUUCAUUUCACCUUCGGUCACAGAUAAGGUACGACGUUUAAGGUUUUUAGCCGUUUCGGCCAUUUUCAUGUAGACUCAGCGGUCACGGUCAGCAUUUGUGUGAACAUCGCUUACCAAAUUAAUAUCAUAUCGGGCUUCCAUCAUGUCUUACCUUUUGUGCAUGAGUCGCUCCUGAGCUAGCCGAGCCAGCCAAUUGGUGCCUUUGCUCACUUUCCCGUCUAGUGCCAUGGGCUGCCUGUUCCUUGCAGCCAAUAUGAAUGCGAUUUUCGAGUAGUGAUUCCAUGUCUCGUGAGCUCAAUACAUGCACUUUGUAGCCGCUAUAUUCACUA